CCGCGGCCGGGACACAAACCUUCACUCGCUCAGUGUCUGAGCAGUACACUGGAUUUAAAAUAAAAUCACAUAUAUAAUAGUAUUAAUUAUGGGAGCUGAUGCUCCUUUGUGGAAGCGUGUAAAGGCGUUUAUCGGGCCGGUUCCCCGGGCGAGACACGGACACCGAGCGGCGGCCAUCCGUGAAAUGAUCGUACUGUUUGGGGGUGGAAAUGAAGGAAUAGCAGAGGAGGUGCAUGUCUAUAACACAGUCACCAAACGGUGGUUUCUUCCGGCUGUUAGAGGGGAUAUCCCACCAGGCUGUGCCGCACAUGGUUUUGUGUGUGACGGCACACGCAUCCUGGUGUUUGGAGGAAUGGUGGAGUUUGGACAAUACAGUAACAGUCUCUACGAGCUCCAGGCCAGUCGCUGGCUGUGGAAGAAGCUAAAGCCACGGCCACCGAAGAACGCGCCUCCUCCUUGCCCUCGUCUGGGACACAGCUUUACUCUCCAUGGUAAUAAGUGCUACCUGUUUGGAGGCCUGGCCAACGACAGCGAAGACCCAAAUGGCAACAUUCCUCGAUAUUUGGAUGAUUUUUAUGAGCUGGAGCUACAGGCACAGUCAGGAGUCAAGGCCUGGAUCAUCCCUGAAACAAAAGGGCGUGGUCCAUCACCCAGGGAGUCUCACACAUGUGUGGUGUACAGCGGAAAGAGCGGCAGCUCCCCAAAGCUUUACAUUUUUGGAGGGAUGUGCGGGAACAGACUGGCAGACUUGUGGCAGCUGGAUAUUGACACUAUGACCUGGUCAUUGCCUAAAACUACUGGACCCUGUCCUUUACCAAGAAGUCAACACUCUUCAAAUGUGUUUGGAAACCAGAUGUAUGUGUAUGGUGGUUGGGUUCCUGCAAAGGACAAGAAGGCCGUAGGUCCAGAAUGGAUCUGUACUAACACUAUGUCGGCUCUUAACCUCGACACAAUGACGUGGCGUUGUCUGGAUUCUGAGAGCCAACAGCAGCGGCACUCAGGCACAGCCGUGGGGGAGGAGGAGGAAGGGCAGCAUCAUAUCCGCUGGCCAAAAGCCCGUGCUGGUCACUGCUCUGUGGCCAUCGGGACACGCCUGUACAUCUGGAGUGGACGAGAUGGCUAUAGGAAAAAUCGGAACUACCAAGUGUGCUUCAAAGACCUGUGGUAUUUGGAAACAGAGAAGCCAACUGCACCAGCUGCUGUGUUUUUGGUCAAGUCUACCAUUGAUAUGCUGCAUGUGGCCUGGCACCCUUUACCUGCAGCUGAGUGCUACCUGCUUCAGUUGCAGUGUGUAGCUCCACCUCCAGCCUCACAAACGCAGGCCUCUGAUUCGCCAACUCUUCCAACCUCACCCACCUGUCUCACAGAGGGAGAGGAGCCUCGACAGAAACCCGUUCAUACUCAGCCUGAGCCAUCACUUGGAGGUGAAGAUGAAAAGCAUAGGAGCUCAACACUACAGGAGAGCUUUAAUGGUGGUGAAGCCAGAGCAGAGACCAAAGAUAAGCAGCACAAAUCUGAACUCAAUCCUGUAACUGAGAUCAAGACAGAUGACUCUGUAAAGAGGCAGCAGGCGGCCUCUCUGAGACCUAUUACAGAAGAGCCGGAUGACAAGGAUGGCAUUAAAUCUCAGCAACUGCAAGAACAUGAAAAUGACUCCAACUCUUCAGGACAGGGUGAAAGAGCUGAAGUCUCCACAUGGUUUGAUAUCGGUAUAUUUAAAACACUUUUCGCUGAGGUCACACACUACUACCUACCCUCUGAGAAUGGGAACGCUGACCAGAUUUCCAAUAACAGCGAGUGGAAGAUGCCAGGGCCUUUUGAAGGACGGAAAAAGCAGGAGCUUACAUACAAUGUAACCUACCGGUUCAGAUUGGCAGGCCUGAACUGCUGUGGACGAGGAGAAUUCAGUCCCAUUGGGGAGUUUAAGACGUGCCAUCCUGGAUUCCCAGAAGCACCUCCUGCUGUCAAAAUCACCAGGGCAUCUGAUUCAGUACACAUCACAUGGGAGUCACCUUCCAAGACAUCAGGGAAAAUUCAGGAAUAUUCCCUGUACCUGGCAGUGAAGAAGUCACGAGGAAACACUUCGGAAAAGCCAGGAGAUCUGACCUUUAUACGCAUUUACCGUGGUGCCAAAACUUCAUGUACAGUGAACGCUGCGAAUCUGAGUAACGCGUACAUCGACUGCUCGGCUCGUCCAGCCGUUGUGUUCCGCAUCGCCGCCAAGAACGAACGUGGCUAUGGGCCCGCCACUCAGAUCCGAUGGCUACAAGACAGCAAUAAAGUCAAAUCAGCAUUAAAUGCAGACUCCAGCCCUACAAACCCUGAGCCAGAUGACAUUAUAAGUUCAUGACCCCAGCAGAGGAACAUGUUCAGGUCUCACAGAUCAGCCCUGAUGUUGGACCUGUUUUCAUAGGAGUCAGUGUUAUGUAUUUUCUAGCAUUGUGUUUAAUCUCUGCUAUAGAUAAUACAACUCUUAUGUACAUAAGUGUAUUUGCUGUAAAUGUAUUUCCUAACUUAUUUUUUUUUUUACAGUUGAAUAUUAUACAAGCUGUUAUUUUU